GAAAAGGAUUUCAAGUAAGAUAUCAAACUAAUAUUACAACAUUUUAAAAAGUUAAUGAAGAGGUUAACGUGUGCAAUUGGGCAUCGUGUUCUAUAGGCUAUUUGCUUUAGAGCUCUGCACCGCAUCAUUAGAUCAGGUAUUUCUAGGGCCUGAUAAUACCCAAAAAUACAAAGGGCCUAAAUUGCCAUACCAUUUUGAAGUUUUCUCACAAUUGGCUUCUGGUCUCGAGUACAUACAUUCCAAGAAUUUAAUUCAUCGAGAUAUAAAGCCGGAAAAUGUACUCAUCUCGGUCGACUGCAGCACUAAUACGCAAGACGUUAAGGUAAUAACAAUGAAAUGGGCUGAUUUUGGUCUGUCCCGGACAGUGAAUGAGCGAGGGACAUUUACGAUGAGUAGUGGAGUAAAAGGAACAAGAAACUGGUACGCGCCCGAGUUGCUUAAACUACUACUUCAGGAAACUCAAACGGGUGGGCAGCGGCAACUCAGAGGUACCGUCAAAAGCGACAUUUUUGCACUAGGCCUCGUCUUCGCUUAUCUUCUGUUAAACGGGCAACACAUUUACGGUUCUAAUGAGUUUGACAUUCCUAAAAACAUCUUAGAGGGUACAGCGAUCAAUAUGAAUAAAAUAGAACGAUCGCACUACGCUUAUGAUCUUGUUACCGACAUGUUAAAAAACGAAGCUAAUCGAAUAUCUUCAUCAAAUAUUAUUGAGAGACUCAAAUCAGAAAAAAAUAAGCUUGCAGAAAAAGAAAAGGAAUUUUUUGAACUGUGUAAAAUAAGAUACCCAGCUACCUCCAUAAUCUUCCCUUGGACAAAUCAAAACGAAAAGUUAAAAAUGUUGAUCCGGCAGGGAGUUGAUGUGAAUAACAAAGAUAAAGACGGAUACAACUCACUCCAUUUUUUGUGUCAAUAUAAUUCAAGCGAAAAAAUAAUCGACACAAUCAAAUUAUUAAUCCAACUCGGGAUCGACGUCAAUGAGAAAAACAAAAACGGAAGGAACGCACUCCAUUUAUUGUGUAUAUUUAAUUCAAGCGAAAAAAUAAUCGACACAAUCAAAUUAUUAAUCCAACUCGGGAUCGACGUCAAUGAAAAAGAUAAAGACGGAUACAACGCACUCCAUUUAUUGAGUCGAUGUAGUUCAAGCGAAAAAAUAAUCGACGCAAUCAAAUUAUUAAUCCAACUCGGAAUCGAUGUCAAUGAGAAAAACAGAAACGGAAGGAACGCACUCCAUUUAUUGUGUAUAUUUAAUUCAAGCGAAAAAAUAAUCGACGCAAUCAAAUUAUUAAUCCAACAAGGGAUCGACGUCAAUGAAAAAGAUAAAGACGGAUACAACGCACUCCAUUUAUUGAGUCGAUGUAGUUCAAGCGAAAAAAUAAUCGACGCAAUCAAAUUAUUAAUCCAACUCGGGAUCAACGUCAAUGAGAAAAACAAACACGGAAGGACCUCACUCCAUUUAUUGUGUCUUAAUGAUUCAAGCGAAAAAAUAAUCGACGCAAUCAAAUUAUUAAUCCAACUCGGGAUCGAUAUCAAUGAGAAAAACAAACACGGAAGGAACGCACUCCAUUUAUUGUGUCUUAAUGAUUCAAGCGAAAAAAUAAUCGACGCAAUCAAAUUAUUAAUCCAACUCGGGAUCAACGUCAAUGAAAAAGAUAAAGGCGGAAGGAACGCACUCCAUUUAUUGUGUCAAUUUAAUUCAAGCGAAAAAAUAAUCGACGCAAUCAAAUUAUUAAUCCAACUCGGGAUCGACGUCAAUGAAAAAGAUAAAGGCGGAAGGAACGCACUCCAUUUAUUGUGUCAAUUUAAUUCAAGCGAAAAAAUAAUCGACGAAAUCAAAUUAUUAAUCCAACUCGGGAUCGACGUCAAUGAAAAAGAUAAAGGCGUAAGGAACGCACUCCAUUUAUUGUAUGAACGGCAGAAUCCUUAUUCAAAAUGGAUAUCGAAUGACACCACCGGAAUAUUCUCCAAAUUUCGUGGGGCAAAUUGUGAAAAACUGCUGGAAGAAAGAUCCAAAGAAAAGGCCAACAUUCUCCCAACUUGCCGAGAUGAUCGAAAAAUACAGUCAUUAGUCAGCAUCGACUAUUUGAAUAUGAUUUUCUCUAGUAAAAAUGGUGCAGUCAAAGAGUUACUCGAUCCUACUCCGACGAAUCGUUUGGAUAUCGUGAAAAUGUUAAUGAGACAUCGCGAUCAAGAGACGUGA